AUGACCACCCCUGAUUUAGGAGGGGGUGACGAGAAGUCCCAGUGUGCGUCCGACCUUUGGUCACACUGUUGCCCUUACGCUUUUUUCUCCUUUUCCGAGUGCAAGCUGUCCAACAGGUUUGCUUCCAUCUCAUGUUACUGCCACGAGUCCCUUUAUAGCUUCUAGUGAUAGAUAAUCGAUUAUCAACUAUUCGCUUGACGAAUUCAUCUAUAUUAUGUCCCCCUAAGCAUGUUAGGGACAAAGUCUAACGAGAUAGGGUGUGAUUAAUACGGUUGUAUACCAGCUGGUUUCGAAAUUCCUUUUUCAGUAAUUGGACAUUUAAAUUACGAAACGGCAGCCGACCGUAUUUGAUGGUCAAGCGUGUUCGUCGGCAGCUGAGAAGCUACCGGUCCCGAAGUUUUAGCCUGCUGUAGAAUCAUUGAUUCCAACAGCCGCUGACGGCCGAGUAGUUUGCGGACUUUUUCCAUCAGAAUGUCCAGCUGACUAGUCAGCUUAUUAUAAAACUCAAAUUAGGCGUCGUCGCACGGGAAUACCGUCAGAUUUUUUUCGUCUUCUAUCUUAGGUUCAGGUACCUUCCCUUCGAGAUAUCGAAGUAGGUUGUAAGGAUUUAGCGUCCGAUUUCCCGAAAGUGUCAUCUUAAAAUGGUGGGGGAUAUUCCUUCUUAUUACUUCCGCUUAAGUCUACAACAAGAUUUGACCAGAGUUUGUCGAGAAAAACUGCCCUCUUUUUGUCAAUGAAAUUAAGAUUCCGGACCGAAAAAAUACGCACGUGUUCAUUCUGUACGACCCCCGUUGAAGUUAGUCGCAGGAUUUACAAGUAAUUCCACUGUACAUGCACAGAAGUCCUGCUCUUCUUUAAGUGACCUUUACGCUAACGUCGAACUUGGACAACCGUCUAUUUGUGAUGAGACGAUUCCGUAGGCUGUUUCGGAUGCCUACCUGUAAAUAACUCCACCUGCAAACCACGCUCUCGUGGACUGCUGCUAAGGCACCCAAAAAUCCUUACUAGCCGAAUGGCGUUUCCGCAUUCUUCGAGUGCUGCCGGCUGCCUGCUGUAGUGAACGCUUCUAUUCGUGCCGCUUGUGCCAACUGCGCCUACCAUAGAGGGCACCACGAAUCCUCUAGACGUCCUCCCUGUUCAAGCUCCCCAGCUUCGUGAUGCUCUCGUUUCGCACCGUCGGAAUCCUUCUAUUCUCGCAUCCUGAGGUCUCCCUUGCAGUUUUAGGCCUGUCCCAACGACGGUUUCUGCUGGUACUGCCACACCUAUGGGUUCAUUGCGGUUACUGCCAUUCUCCAUGCCAUUACCAGAAAUCCUUCUAGCCAACAAAGACGACAAACUUGGACGCCCCUGCGGACAACACCUGAGGGCUGCCGCUAAGACACUAUAAGUCAUUACUUGCCGAGCAACGUUUCCGUAUUCUUUACGCUUCUCUUGUUUGGUCUCAAGUCAGGAGCCUGGUCUUCGCAUCUCGACGUUAGCACGGAAUUUCCCCAAAGUCUACUUCCAAGCGGUACAAAUUGUCAAUUUAUUACACCGCAUGCCAUCUGCAAAGCGCCUUCAAGGAAUCCAUCUCCGCACUGACUUACAGUACAGGAUUGCUGCGACCGAGGGUGCUAAAGGAAGCACACAGGGUAGUGUAUCACGGAUAACUUCUGGUGUGGAAUAGGUUGAAUAGAGCUAUUAGACAUUCUAUCGCCUUAGUCCGGAUGAACAACACAGAAUAGGGCUUAGACGGACACAAAAUAUGUGCUAAUAAAAGAAAGUAAUUUUAUAAGCAGAGAAACAGCUGAUGUACGAGAAAUGCAUCACGGGAAUGGUCCGUAUAGAUAGGUGACACCGUUAUGACAGCUUAGCCGUUGGAGUGCAACCCUAGGAGCAACCGCAGCAGAGGGCCAUGAAAGGUACUGAUGUGGAGGGUGGGAGAGAUAAGUUACGGCGGAUUUUGUGGGAGGAAGGUCGGCAGUUGUGAAGAAAGUGGCACCGGCCAUCUUCAACAGCACGCGGCUACACUACCUCCAUCCAGGGUUUACACGAAAAUUCUCUUCAAUCCGUUCGAACAACUGUCCAAUUCGUUGUACGCUGUAAGACUGACGGUGUUUACCCGGAUUUCUUUCAACUCAGCCGCCGCCGCAAUCUUCAAAGACAUACUUUUUAAGCCUUGAGAGUUUUAAGUGAAGACAUCUAGGCGUGCCUGAACUUCUGCUCGCCGUCUACUAACUCCGAGAAUGCCCCAUCUGGGGAUAAUAGCCUUCUGGUGUCCUUUUUAAGAAGGCUUGUAAGGAUCCUGCUCCAGGCGUCUCCAAUUAUGUGACCCCCCUGCCUGGCGUAUGCACUCAUGUGCAUACAGGCAGCAGUUGAGUCGCCUACUAUUGCGAUACUAUAAAGUAACGCUCACACGAUUUUGCGGUCGCACGUUUUGCACGUAUUUGUGUCCACCUUCGGUCGCACAGAUACUUUCACGGACUUAGCUUCCAAUUAGUCAAGCAGUUAGCUAGAGAUCGCAGGUAAUCUAUCUACGAGUACCUGACGAUGCGAAUUAGCAAUUGUCCGAAUGAUCCUAUUUGAAGUGGUCUUGUUCAUGCCGCUUUAUUGCCAGUGUGCAUCUAGAGUGAAGGUAUGACGUAAGUGUCAGUUUCUCGAAAACGGUUAUCUAUUCAGUCCCCGUCAUUUGUCUUCUGCCCUGCGCAGCACAUCCAAUUCCGACUUAUUAUUUGACUAUCUGAACACUUAAUAAGUGUUUCUGGUAGCUUUGACUAAUCAAUGUGGUCUAAAUGUAAAAAAAAUUGGCGGCGUUUCCCCUGGUGUCGUGGAUUCGAGUCCAACCCAGGCCGCCGGUUCUUCCACAAUCGGAUCAAACGAAGUAUCCAACGAAGUUGCCUUUGACGGGCAUUAGUAACACAUCGUCUAGGUUUUUAAGUCUCAUUACUCGUGAGUUACCUGGAGACGCAAAAAAUAGAGAUCUAUGCAAAAGCAGUUUUAAAAGGCGUAACGAGUUCUAGAUCCCACAGCCAGCCGUCUUUCUUCGUUAUGCAGUCUCUCAACAGUAUUUCCGAUGCAGUUCUCCGAAUGAACUAUAUGCUCAUUAUCUGCCGUGGUCGCUUACCUGGCUGAUUGAGGUUUUGACGAGAAUGAAGCAGAAAGAGUUCUUCCGGACAUAAUGUACAUUUAGUGAAAAUUUCCUCUCUGGAAGAUAAGUCUAAAACACUCAUUUAUAGGCAUUUAAGGUAAUUUGUACUGCAGUGCGAUGAGGGCGAAUCGGGAAGGUACAGUUAUCGCGCCUGUGCACAUUUACACCACGUUCACGCUCUGUCACUCCCGGCUUUUACUCAUCAGCCACUCGUCCUGACAGCCAGCAAACACGAUCGGCCUCUAUCGUCACAUCCUCCUCGCAGUAAAUAAUAAUGUGAAUACAAGCAUACCAUUCCUAUUUUUGUGGGCGAAGGGAUACAUGUCUGCUAAACCAGCAAACGCCGAAGUCCACAUUCCGUAUAAGCAACCCCGACCUAAGCUUGAACAUUCGUAUAGGACUGUUGCUGGGAGACGAGACCAUCUGGAGUACCCAGUUCGCUGUAGAUGUAAGAUUUUUUGACUUCCACUAACAGUUCAUUAUCAAGGCGGCAUUUAGGUCCUGCUGAAAAGGCCUACGACAAACGCUUCAUCACUCAAAGAAAUUUUGAGAACACAUUCGGACACCUGCGUACAUUUGCCAUGCAUUUCAUUUAGCCUGGAAUACUGCGUACCUGCUAGUCCUCCCUAUGUUGUCCGUAAUGCAGAGGUUUCAGAAUAAUUACUGCGUCUGGCAACCUAUCUUCCCGCAUAUUUCUGAAUUUGCUGUCUAUAGGACGCCCUAGAAAGCUCUACCGCAUAACCAGGAUUGUGAAAUCAAAUAGGAUAAGUGGCGUACGAGUAAACCUGAUUUCACGUCGCCAUUCACAAAAUCGCCACGGCUAUCAUCGUAGGUUACUCAGACCUUGAGGAUGUAUAUCAGCUGACAGGUAUCGCUCUCGCCAAACGUUGCGGGUGCCCUUGCCUCCUAUCUUGUCAGCACAUCGAGUUUUCUUGAAGUUAAAUGUAAUCUAUUAGAACUAAUGAAACUGUAGACUCAUGAGUAGCGCUACACCUCGUCUGGCCUUAAGUUGACUGAACCUCAUUUUAAUACAAAAAUCCGACCUGAUUGUCGCCUUAACAAAUCAUUUUUUAUUUAUCCCAAUAAGGCAGAUAGUUUCACACUUAACCAGGUACUAUUUCUUGUUAGAGCGUGUAUUUUUUCCUUUCAUGAGUCGAUGUCUGAGUCCGAAGAUUGCAUAGGAGCGUUCUGAGCGCGUUUUGGCGAUUUUGUGGGUGAACUGUAUGCAGCCGUACUCGGUUUGCUGAACCGCACAUUAGAACGGGAGCAUUUGGAGAGUAUGUCGCCAUACUACUUCUGAAGAUCGAGGCUGUCGGCAAAUUAAUUCUUAGCUCGCAUGUGUUUUGUCCUUCCCAUUUUGUUUGUUGCGCAAUCGGCCCACAAAAGACUCGUCAAAUAUUUCAAAAUUCGGAAAUUGAAAAGUGCACGCAACCCCCGAUAUCUCUUGUCUAGACUUUUCGAGCAGCUUACUUUAUGAAGACAAAAAAUGUAUAGGGUCGAAGUGACUUCUAACCCACAGUUUGACGAGAGGACCAGUUUUAUUUCCGCCUCCCACCCCUUCCCCACCAUCCUAAUUAUUAUUAAUUUUCCUUUUCCCUUUAGUAAAUGGAGGCCCUUUGGAGGAUUUUUCAACUAUUUGUAACGUUAAGAGGACGGAUUAUUUGAGUUGGGAUGAAUAUUUCAUGUCGUUAGCCUUCCUCUCUGCUAUGAGGAGUAAAGAUCCAAUUACACAGGUAUGAUUUUAGUUUUUGUAUGCAUUAAAACGAGGUCGGAGUGUGCAUCAUAAAUUCUGAAAAUAAGAUAGUCUCCGUUGGUUAUAACGGUAUGCCAAUAGGUUUAUCGGACGAUGAAAUGCCGUGGACUAAGGGUUUUGACGAUCCCCUUCAAAACAAGCAUCUGUAUGGUAAGUCAUUCAAGUAUAUUUAAAUUUCAAGUUUGCCAUGCUGAGCUUAACGCAGUGUUAAACAAAAACUCGGCUGAUGUGAAAAACUGCACACUGUAUUCCACUCUCUUUCCAUGUAAUGAAUGUGCGAAAGUUAUUAUUCAAUCUGGAAUUAAGGAGGUGGUCUACUUUGGCGAAAAGAAGGUUAGUAAACCGCAAAACGAUGCUGCCAAAAUCAUGUUUGCCAAGGCUGGUGUGAAAACGACGUACGUCCUACACUUAAUCGCAUUCCUUAAUUUAUUCCGCUUUUCUCUUUUUGGAACAGUCAUUGCUAUUUAUCAAAUGACUAUCAGCAGUAUGCCGUCAGCAAACGUUUUUCCGCCUUAAUACUCUCCUCUAGUCCGUUUAACAAGACGGGACGCACAGUGGCUAUCAAUCUCAGUUAA